UAUUAUUUUGUAAUGUGUUUAUUACUCUACGAAACCAACAAGUGAUUUUCAUUGAUUCAUCACACGAGCGAUAUAAAUAUCCCCGUUAUCACGCAAGAAUACAGUUGACCAACGUUAUUAAUUUAAUUAAUUUAAAACAUUUAAAAUUGAUUUUUUUUAAUUUCCACAGAUUAUUUUCGCUUCGUACCACAUAGUUACAUAUAUAUACAUAUAUACUUUCUGAACUAAACCAUCAUCGUAGCAACACAAAAUUGCACGCGCAGUCGUGAUUCGAAUGCAUGAGGGAACAGCACCUGCGUAUAUAGCGAAAAUACGAAUCACUUUAUUUGUUUCACGCAUCGGGAACGUAUUUAUCAAUUGUUGAGCGAUUCUCUCAUAAGUUAUUAUUGUCGUCGAUGCGUAUAACGCACACUUUAUGUAAAACGAAACGAGUUCUGUUUAGAUUUGACUCGGCGAUCAUGGAACGUGUUUUAUGGUUCUGUGAUUUUGUAAUAUUGAUCGUGCAAUGAGAGAAAUUUGCGCUUCAAAUAUAGUUUGACUCGAGAAAACAAGCUUUUGGACUGAUCGUGAGAUAUCGUCGCUACGUGUCCUCUUGCAUGAAAAAUUAUUUUUGCUUGAUCCUAGUGAAAUGUGCAAUUGGAAUGACUUUGGGAUAAUGCACAGUCAAUUAAUCGGAUACUGGCUUAAGUCUUGAUAAAUAUAAUGUAAACAAGAUACUUUUCUUUCAUUUGUAUCAUGGAGAACAAAUUUUAUUGAGCUUGGAUAUGGUAACUAUGAAUUCUGAACAAUCGGCAUGUCGCCGAAAACCAGGUGAAAACAGUGAUAUUGUAGGAUCACCUGAUCAAUAUAAUAGAGAUAAUCAAAUAAAUCAAUGUAACAAUCAAAAUGGUCAAGAAGUUGACAAAUCUCCAAGUAGUCCCACGUAUCACAUCACUGCCUCAUGUGCCGAAGAUACACCUAAUUAUCUUGUGUAUCAGAAAAUGGAAGCUAUUGUAGAAAAAAUGUCAGAUGAAGUUACAGGUGUUCCAGUGAAAACGGUAAAGAAUUUUAUGACAAAAACACCUUCUGUUUUUACUGGUACCGAUUUAAUAUCAUGGAUGAUGAAGACCAUGGCUAUAGAUGAUCAAGAGGCACUUCAUGUGGCACAUCUUAUGGCGUCUCAUGGAUACUUCUUCCCUAUUGAUGACCACUGCCUUACUGUAAAAAAUGAUAAUACUUUCUACAGGUUUCAAACACCAUACUUUUGGCCAUCAAAUUGUUGGGAACCAGAAAAUACUGAUUACGCUGUUUAUUUAUGCAAAAGAACGAUGCAAAACAAAACACGUUUAGAAUUAGCAGAUUACGAAGCCGAAAAUUUAGCCAAGUUGCAAAAAAUGUUCUCGAGAAAGUGGGAGUUUAUUUUUAUGCAAGCAGAAGCACAAAGCAAAGUCGAUAAAAAGCGAGAUAAAUUAGAAAGAAAAGUAUUGGAUAGUCAAGAAAGAGCCUUCUGGGAUGUAUAUAGACCAAUGCCUGGGUGUGUUAAUACGACUGAAAUGGAUAUUAAAAAAGCAUGUCGUACUUACAAACCAAUUUCAAAGUUAAGUAAACAAUUAGAUAUAACCAGUACCGACAUUCCUUCACAUUCCGAGUCAUUCUUAAUGUCUUCGGUAGAAUCGUUAAACAAAGAGAUUGAAAUAUUGAAAGCUAGAUUAGAUAGAUCGAAUAUAAAAGUUUCAAAAGUUUCGGAGGCUCUGAUCGCGUAUUUUGAGCAGUAUAUAGAGUAUGAUCCUUUUUUCGUACAACCUGAACUUACAAACCCGUGGAUAUCAGACAAUUCUGAAAUGUGGGAGCAAGAAAAAUUAGCCAAAGAAAUAUCAACGAGGAGAGUAAAAAGGUGGGGUUUCAGCCUUCAAGAAUUGCUACAAGAUCCUGUUGGUAGAGAACAAUUUAUACGCUUUUUGGAUAAAGAGUUCAGCGGUGAAAACCUGAAAUUUUGGGAAGCUGUGCAAGAAUUAAAAGCAUUACCUCAAAAAGAAGUUCAGAGUAAAGUGAACGAGAUUUGGAAUGAAUAUUUGGGUCCAGAUGCUAGUUGUCCAAUUAACGUCGAUUGUCAAUCAUACGAGUUAACGAAGAAACAUUUACAAAAGCCUGAUCGAUGGUGUUUCGACAUAACAGCGGCACACGUAUAUCAUCUGAUGAAAAGCGAUAGUUACUCAAGAUAUCUUCGCUCGGAAAUGUAUAAGGAUUUCCUCAAUGGUUCGAAGAAAAAGACUUCGGUAAAAGGUAUUCGUUCUAUUGUGUCAUUCAGCGGACGCAGAGACACGGCUACAUCGUAAUCACCAGCUUAAAAAAGCUUUUCAUGAAUGAUUCUGGGAAUCUUUCCAAGUCUCGUGUUACAUUAUACGUGUUCAGAACAACUCGAAGAGGAAAGAAUACAAUUCAUUUUAUUAUCAUCACGUUGAAAAGAGUAAGUAUUGUAAAACAUUUUAAAUUCGCAUCUAGCGCGAUCCCUAAUUUGCCUCCAUGCAAUUUCUUUUAAUAAUAAUUGAGUCUCUUAGAAGCCAAAGUGAUCAAUUUUGCUUUUUUGUCAAUUUCUUGAUUUAAUAGUUAUGGACUUACUUGCGUAAGUUUACUUAUUGGAAGAAUGUGGCGAAUAAUAAUGAACUAUAGAGUAUAUUUAAAGAACAACGUUUGUAAUGUCAUCUUUUUUUUCGUAUUGUUUUUUUCACUUGUAAAGUUGAUCAAUGUAGCUUUUGAAUGAUUCAAUUAAUAAAUAUCAUUCCAAGCUCUGAAAAUAGGUUUUGUAAAUAAUUUACUCCAAUAGACUUUCCAUUAAUACAGGGAAAAUAAUAGAACUGUAUAGAAUAAUUCUAUAAUUAUUAUUAGAUUGCAUGUCGAUAAUGUCCAAUUGUUUACACAAUUAUUGUAAUAUAUUUUUCCCAAGUAUAAGUAGUCUAAAAUUAAAAUAAACAGUACAAUCGUGAAGUAACAAUUUCUACAUGAAAUUCUAAAAGAACUGUCAAGAAACUUCUCAUUAAAUAUGAAAUUUUGAUAAGUUAAUAUUCGUUAAUCACAAGAUCUAUUCCAUGGAAAUUAAUUCUAUUCGUGUACGCAUGUUUUUAAAAACAAACAAAAAAAAAAAAAAUGGGAAGAGAACUUAUUAUUAGUCGUUACAAGUCACAAACUGAGAUGCAUAAUCAACAUGAUUGAUAAUAUAUUAGUAUAAUUAUUAUGUAAUAAAAUUCUACUAAAACACAUGUUACAAUAUAUUCUUUUAUAUCUUACAAAGAUGAAAUGUUCGUCAAUACAAGUGAAGAAUGUUAAAGAUAUAAUUCCUACAUUUCUGAAUAACAUAUAACUCUUGUAUGCCUUCAACGAUGCUUAUAACUCUACAGUAUUUGUUUAAGAUUAAUAAAGAAAGAAACAAUAGAAUACCACACACCUAUUUUCGUAUCGAUUAUAUUUUUCAUGAAUAGAAUAAAUACGUCUGUAGUUGAAAAGAUAUAUAAGAGAAGUUACCGAGCAUUUGCAAUCUUGUAAUAUUUACUAAAAUGUACUGUAAGCUAGUUAUAUAUCACAGUAACAGAAUGUAAUUGUAAAUAUAACAUAGUAUAAAAAAAAAGAACAGUGACGUAUUGUCUUUUAUCUAGUGGUACUCUAUCAACCCAAAUCUUUAAUUAGGAUAUGUCUGUCUUCAACUUUUUGCAUCUUCAAAAGUUGUUCUUUAGUUCUUUUCAUUUGUUGUAUAAUUUAAAUUUAAUGCACAUGCACGCAUGCAAUUUCUAUUGUUCUUAAUAAUAAAAUUGAUUAAAAGAUGAAUUUCAUAAUAUAAAUGUACGUCACUCGUUUAUGCAGUUGUGCAAUUUGUAGCACAAUGUAAAUUCAAAUUAAAUAGAUAGUACAUCCUAGAGAAUAUUAUAUUCACUAACAUCGCACACUCAUUUUUCAAAAAAUAUUACUUCUUAUCUUAUUAUACAAUCUUAUGACAUAAGAAAGAUUACAUAGCAAAUCCUUCCUAUAUAAUUUCAUUUAUUUAUUUAAAAUGAUUAACGAUUACAAUAUUAAAUAAAUACUGUAAUGUUACAUGUUACAACGUUAACACACAAAAUAACUUUUAUAACAUUUAACGAAUGCUUAUUUUUAUAAUUUCAUUAUUAAAAUUAUAUUAUAGAGUAAUGUUGAUAUUGGUGUUCUGUUAUUAACAUUUUCAGAGUGUAUUUUUGGUAAAAUACAGUUUAUUUUGGACAAAAAAAAGUUGUAAAUUACAAAUGGAAGUGUAGAGUAUUAUAUA